AUGCAUGAUCAUUUUAAACGACUACAAGAUCCCAUUAUUCGGUCAGAAUUUGGUGAAGACUUUCCAGAUUUGAAUGAACUUCUUAAAAAAUCGUCCCUAGUAUUUAUCAACACAAAUCCAUUUAUAGACUUUCCUAGACCUAUUUCAAAUAAAAUUGUUUAUAUUGGGGGUCUUGUGCAAGAAUCAGCUCCUCCAGACAGCAAAAUACUUGAUAAUAGAUCUAAAAAUAUAUUGGAUGAAGCUAGAGGAGGCGCUAUACUUUUUUCUUUUGGUUCAAUUACUGAUACUACAAAAAUUACAAAUAAUAUGAGAAAUUCAAUUCUAAAAGCAUUUAAACGGUUUUCUAAUGUUCAUUUCAUUUGGAAGUUGGACAAGGAAACAAUAAAAAAUCAGUCAGAAUUGCUUAAAUCUUUUCCGAAUGUUCAUGCUUUUGAGUGGAUACGCCAAACUGCAAUUUUAGCCCAUCCCAACCUUCGUGCAUUUAUCUCUCAUUGCGGACAAAACAGUUUAACCGAGUCUGUAACUGCAGGCGUUCCAGUCAUUGGACUUCCUCUUUUUGCUGACCAAUUUUACAAUGCCGAUGUUGCUCAGAAGCUUGGUUUUGGAUUACGAAUUGAUGUUUAUGAUUUAAAUGGACCGAAUGCUGAAAAUAUUUUGGCUGAAACGAUAGAAAAGAUCCUCACAGACCCAUCAUUUCGUCAAAAAGCCCAAAUUAUAGCCAAAAAAGUUCAAUUAACUCCAUUUAAUCCAAAAGAAAGACUUGUUAAAUGGGUAGAAUUUGCAGCAGAAUUUAGCGAUUUAUCAGAACUUGAUUUACCUGGAGCUAAGGAAAUGAAUUGGGUUGUCUAUUAUUCAAUUGAUGUAAUUCUCUUCUCUAUUGUUUUUGUGUUUAUUUUAUUCUGGGUUGUAUGGAAGGUUGUAAAGAGGAUUUUAGUGGAAAUAACUUCAAUAUUAUACUGCUUAACAUUUUCGAAACUCAAAAUUAGACGAAAGAAGGAAACAAGAAUAAUUUUGAUUUUGUUACAUAAUUUAGUUUUUUAG